CGUAGUAUAUUAUGCCCGAUCCCGCUGAGUCUGUCUAUGACUGGGAUCUAUUCGUAAUUGGAGGGGGAUCAGGCGGCCUCGCAGCUGCCAAGACCGCCGCUGCUCUCGGUGCCCGAGUUGCACUAGCUGAUUUCGUCAAGCCUAGUCCGCAGGGUACAACAUGGGGAUUGGGUGGCACAUGUGUUAACGUUGGAUGCAUUCCCAAGAAGCUCCUCCACAUGUCUGCUCACACAGCAGAGACUGCGGGUGACAGUGCUGGCUUGGGAUGGGAGCUGACAGCGUCUCACAAUUGGGAGGCUAUGAUACAAAAUGUAACUACCUACAUCAGCUCUCUUAAUUGGGGUUACAAGUCUGAGCUCCGCUCUACCAACGUCAAAUAUUUCAAUUCCUUUGCAACGUUUAUCGAUCGGAAUACUCUCAAGCUCACUGACAAAAGAGGAAAGGAGUCGAUUGUCACUGCAAGGUACAUACUGAUAGCGACAGGUGGUCGCCCUAAUCUAGGAGGCUAUCCUGGUGCAGGAGAGUGCUGCAUUACCAGUGAUGAUAUCUUCCGACGCAAGGCACCACCUGGGAAAACUCUAGUGGUGGGGGCCAGUUACAUUGCCUUGGAAUGUGCUGGCUUCAUAGCGGGCUUUGGGUAUGAUACCACAGUCAUGGUGCGUUCUAUAUUACUCCGAGGCUUCGACCAAGAUAUGGCCCAACGCAUAGGAAAGUAUAUGGAACUACAUGGCACUAAAUUCGUGCAUGAGAUGAUUCCGACUAAAUUCGAGAAGACUGAAGAUGGCAAAGUCAGAGUCUAUGCCAAGUCGUCAUCUGAUACUAUGUCUGAUGCUGACAGCGAGUUCGGUGUUUUCGACACAGUGCUGAUGGCUGUUGGUCGUACUGGUUGUGCUGGCUGGCUUUCCUUGGACAACGCUGGAGUUCAUUAUAAUCCUGAUAAGGGGAAGAUACCUGUUGAUAAGUUCGAGAUGACCAACAUUGAUAACAUCUAUGCCAUAGGGGAUGUUGUCGAGGGCAUGCUAGAGCUUACUCCAGUCGCUAUACAGUCAGGGAAAAUGCUGGCUGCAAGGCUAUUCGGUGGGGCAUCUAGACUCAUGGACUACCACAACGUGCCUACUACUGUAUUUACACCAAUCGAAUACGGAUCUGUUGGGUCAAGUGAGGAGAAUGCUAAGGAGGAAUAUGGCGAUGAUUUGAUCGUGUACCACUCCUUCUUCAAACCUUUGUUAUGGGCACUCAAUAAGGAUCGCGGUGAUGCCGAUUGUUAUAUGAAAGUCCUAUGCGAAAAUAAAGGUGAUAAGAAGGUAGUGGGUAUACACAUACUAGGUCCUGAUGCUGGGGAGAUGAUACAGGGUUUAGCAGUAGCUAUGAAGGCUGGCUGUACAAAGGCGAACCUCGACGAUACUGUUGGUAUUCAUCCCACUUGUGCUGAGACCUUCACCACUUUAACGCAAAUCAAAGAGGAUGGGCAGGAUGCAACAGUUGGAGGUAGCUGCUGAGGUUAAGCGGCUCAUAGCCGCUAUGCAUUCGAUUCUAUUCCCAUCAAUAAUUCAUCGAGGACGAAUGAAUUAUCAUCCACAAACAUCAAGUGCUGGAUGAUGAUGAUAUGUCCUUCUUACCUUCUUUACUACUAUUUGUAGUUAUGCUUAGCUCAUUGGUAUAAUGUACUAUAGUCAACCCGAAAUGAUGGAAAAAGUUCACAUUGCGGUGCAUUAGCAGAUUGAUACACACUGAUAUCGCGGUGU